AUGCCAAUUGACAGAAUGGCAGGGGGUACAGGAGCUCCCCGGAAAGCAAAGGCUAAUGCUAGAUCAGAACGACCCACACGGACUUCGUUUCCGUUCGUCAUCGCAACAGAUCUGGGCAAGACGAGGGCCCAGGAUAUGAAGAUGAUACGUAGCCACGUUGUCCGGGGUAAAGGCAGGCCGAAGCGAGGAUCUGCUGUUGCCAAGCCUUCUGUUGGGACCUGGAUCAAGGCUCAAGCUGAGCAAAGCGUAUUGCUUCCAUCCCAAGCGGCUGAACCCGAUCCUACAUCGAAAAAGAAUCCUACAUCGGAAAAGGACCCUUCAACACCAGACUCAUCACCCCAAAGCUCGUUUGGAAGUGGGUCAGAGGCCGAAUUUGCUGUAAGAAACAGCAGAGGACUAUUCUCAAACUCAUGUCCUGAGCAAGCGCCGUGGAUAAUGCGCUCACUCAGUUUCACACCUGGAAUGGAUCCGAAAAUGCUAGAUAAAAUCUUUCAUUGCUUUUCUACUCUCAACUCUGGAAUGUAUCCGCCAAACUUCUGCCUCGUAUACGACAUCUUCGACUCCUGCUGGCUCAAAUUUAUGAUCCAGGAUCUUCUCUUCUCGUACACAGCCCAGUUCAUUGCCGAGGCUUUUACAUCUUGGGAACAUGGCGGGGCACUUGGUACAAGAGCAUCCAGUCUUCUAUCCCAGGUGCUUGUUACGCUUCAGCAGGCCAUUGAAGACAACAAGACUGCCACCGCAGAUGCUACAAUUGGCGCAAUUCUGUUCUUGACACUUGCUGCCGAUAUAGCGGGGGAUACCACUAGUGCCAUGAACCACUUGCGAGGUCUCCAAAAGAUCGUUUCCAUUCGAGGGGGCGUGAGAAAGCUCAAUAGUACCCAGCUCCAAGGGAAAUGUUACAGAGCUGAUCUUCAACUUUCCAUGAUCUUGGGUUCGAGACCAUGCUUCUACGCGGACGAUCUGACGUGGGAGCCAUUCUUCAAGUCAAUCAAAACAAAGACAAUCCACUGUGCUAAGCUCGAAACUUAUCUCAGCCAGUCUGUCGGCUUCCCCGAUCCGCGCCUCUCCAACAUCUGGACCGAUGUACAAGAACUCUGCGCUAUAGUCGACUUAUCCAUCUUAACACAGCGAAAGAUCCGACCGGAGUUGUAUCAAGAGGUCUUGGUUUCCAUCCAGUACAGAUUGCUUCAUCUAACCUAUUCGGAAUGCUCAACAGAUGUCUGUGGAGGUCAGAAAUGGAAGAAUGUGCAUGAAGCAAUCCGAUUGGGGAUUCUAGGAUUAACUACAACUCUUUUCCUAUAUAGGGACAAGGUUGAUACAAGCUAUCUUACAAUUGUAUCACGCCUCGAUGCCAGUCUUCUUCAACUAGAAGAGCCAGCAGAUGACAGGGCUUGGGAGCUCAGACUGUGGCUUCUGUUCAUGGUGUCAGUCACGCUCGGUGGCGGUGGCGAUAGGUUUGAUGGGCUGCUAGUACGGGGAUUGGAGGCGCUCCGGAUCAAAUCUUGGGCUGCAACUAGGCAGCUUUUGAAAAGCUUGCUGUGGAUUGAUCUGCUUCAUGACGAAGUUGGAAGGAUGGUGUAUGGCCGCUGUAUGGGUGAGUCGUGA